GGAAACCCUAAUGUAAGUUUUAAACCCUAGGAAAGCUAUGGCGAUCCAGCAGCAGGCAAGCGGUGGCGAUGGCGACGACGAUUCUCCGGUGUUCAUCGACCAAGCUGAUGUUGAUGGCGAAGUUGUGAUCGAUGAGCAAGAUUUGCCUGAUGCCGAGGAGGACGGGGAUGGGGAAGAGGAAGAAGAAAAAGAAGAAGAAGAAGAUGGUAAUGAGGUUGAUGAUUCGAUCCAUAUCUUCACGGGCCAUGCUGAGUCUGUCUACGCUGUUGCGUGCAGCCCAGUGGAGUCCAGAGUGGUGGCCACGGGUGGUGGCGACGACAAGAUUUUCAUCUGGAAAAUUGGCGAUGAUGCCGCUCCAUUAGAGCUCAAAGAGCACAAAGACUCCAUUUCCUCGCUAGCUUUUAGUUUUGAUGGAAAGCUUCUCGCUUCCGGAGGACUGGAUGGCGUUGUCUGUGUUUGGGAUGGAGUUGGAUCCUUGAAACACAGGCUGGAGGGUCCAGGAGAAGACAUUGUGUGGCUUUGUUGGCAUCCCAGGGGACACAUACUUCUGGCUGGAUCGCAGGACUUUUCAGUGUGGAUGUGGAAUGCCGACAGUGGAGCUUGCUUGAGCGUGUUUACGGGUCACAGUGGAUCAGUGAUUUGCGGCUGCUUCACUCCAGAUGGAAAGCUUGUUUGCACAGGCUCCAGUGACUGUAGCUUGCGAGUGUGGAAUCCAAGGUCCGGCGAAUGUAUCCGGAACAUCCAAGGGCAUCCAUACCACAGAGGAGGAGUUACGUGCGUCGCAGUAGGCCGUGAUUCUAGCAUUGCUCUUACGGGCUCCGCGGAUGGAAGCGUUUGUCUCGUAAACAUCCAAAGCGGAAGAGUUCUCGGCACUUUAUCUGGCCACACACAGGCCAUUGAAGCCAUUGCAUUAUCCCCCAGCUUGUCCCUGGCGGCCACUGGCGGAAGAGAUAAGAAGCUCAUUGUUUGGGACCUCCAAACACUCUCAGUGCGCUUAACUUGCGACCACCAGGACGAUGUUUAUCGAAUAAUCUGGUCGCCCUCGUCCGAGAUGAUCUACACGGCUUGUCUUGACGGCAGUGUCCAUGCUUGGGACCCCCGAAGUGGAACACGUCAAAAGAGCUUCCACGGUCACAGUGACGGCAUUUUGGACAUGGCAUUGACAUGUGAUGGCAUGGCGAUUGUGUCAGGCUCGGAUGAUACAACAGCCAGAGUUUUCGAAGUGAGUUAGAUCGAUCUUUAAGAUCGGUGUGGUGUGGUGUGCGCUUCUCUCUCUGGUCACCAUCUCAUCUCUUACAGUACAAGAAAGAACAAAGCUUGCUGUUUCAUGUAUAGCUGUGAAAGGACCCGACAAUCGAAUUAAAAGAACGCACACCUCUCGAAGCCUUUCGAGAAACGACGCGAGAGGAAAGUUUCUUCGA